GACUUUUGCAAUGCCAUCUGCGUCUCGCUGCAGGCGCCCUUCUACCCCCACGAGGCCGAGGCAAAGGGCGCCUCUGCGUCAGAAUAUGGCUUGGUGUUUGGUAUCUUCGAGCUAGUCGUGUUCAUCGUAUCGCCCCUCUACGGACAGCACCUAAAUCGAAUCGGGCCUAAGUUUAUGUUCAACGUGGGAACGUUCACCGUUGGCACAUGCGCCAUACUCUUUGGGCUGCUGGACAAGGUGAACGGCCACGUCCCGUUCAUCGUGCUGUCCUUCAUCAUCCGGAUCAUCGAGGCGAUGGGCAACGCGGCGUUCCUGACCGCGUCCUUCGCCAUCAUCGCCAAGGAGUUCCCGGACAAUGUCGCCACCACCUUCGCCUCGCUCGAGACCUUCUUCGGCCUGGGGCUGAUCGUGGGGCCGACGGUCGGCGGCGCCCUCUACGAGGUCGGCGGCUACACCACCCCGUUCGCCGUGCUGGGCUCCAUGCUGUUCCUCGCCGCCAUUCUCACCAUCAUCGUGGUGACGUCGAUGAGCAUCGGCUUCCUGCAGGCGACGCUCGAGCCGCACCUGCGGCGCUUCGGCCUGUCGCCCGUCGUCCUGGGCCUCAUGUUCGUCAUCAACGGCGGCACGUACGCGCUCACAGCGCCCUGCUUCGGCUGGCUGUGCGACCAGCGCGUGCUGCCCAAGGCCGUGACGGCGUGCGGCUGCCUCGCCAUCGUCAUCGGCUUCAGCCUGGUCGGGCCGGCGCCCUUCUUCCCCAUGGACACGGAGCUGCCGGUGACCAUCCUGGGGCUGGUGUGCCACGGGCUGGGCAUAGCCGCGCAGCUGGUCGCCAGCUUCACGGACGCGCUGCGGACGUGCGUGGAGCACGGCUUCCCCAACGACCUGGAGACGUACGGGCUGGUGUCGGGGCUGUGGACGUCCACGUUCGCGCUGGGCGCCUUCAUCGGGCCCUCCGUCGCCGGCUUCCUCUACGACUCGCUCGGCUUCCGCAACGCCUCCAUGUUCGUUGUCGGCCUCAACAUCUUCGUGGGCAUCCUGGUGGUGGGCUUCCUCAUCGCGUCGCGGCGCAAGCGCGCGCAGUACAAGCAGGCGGAGGCGGACACGGCGGCGACGGCGGCGGCGGCGGCGCGCCUGGGGCUGUCCUUCCACGACAGCAGCGCGUCGCACAACAGCUCGCACUCGCACAUGAACGGCUCCGCGCGCGGCGUGCCCAUCGAGCGGCCGCCGGGCAUGCAGGGCAUAAUCGCGCGCAACAGCUACAAGAACCGCCACGGCACGUGGCACAUGAAGGACUCGGGCGCCGUCUUCGUGGGGCCUUACAGCUCCAGUUACGGCAGCGCGGGGGAGACGCGUGGGCUGCUCGACACGCCCGCAUGAGCGCCGCCCGGCGCGGGCGGGUCGGGCGGCCUCUGGGGGCGGUGGGGCGCCGCGGCGGGGACGGACGCCUCUGGCGAUCGCGCACCGACGGCCGCUCUGGUGUGACGACGACAAGUGGAGGGCAGUUUGGGCGCAAAUUCAACCGUCGCGGCUCCAUCUGGACAGUUAGCGGAUUUUCAGACUCCUUCACUUCCCCUUGUACAUAUGUAACUUCUUUUUAUUCGUUACCUCGAAGUAAACAAGUCAUGCCGAAGAGUAUCUUGGAACGUAUUGUUAGUUGCGCUGUAAAUCGGCUGUUGUUCUGUGCAGGUGGUUGCGAGUUUUUGUAGACUAUUCUGAUAGACUGAUGUCUACUGAGAGUCCUUAACACGCCGAUAAAUAGGCUAUCUUGUUAAACGCUUCUCAGUUACUGACAGGUUGUAAGUAUGUGAACUCAUUCGUAAGCAAAACAACACCUUUAUGCAGAGAUUUCUAAAAAAAUGAUUUUGACGUAGAGAGAAACGUUCGCGAUAUAAAUAUACCUUCUGAACAUUUAAAAACUAUUUUCACUUCAAUAUCUGUAAAAUGGUCUUGAAAUUACUAUUUUAUUUGCUUAUGACAUAUUUUGCACUUCAAAAAUUGAGGUUAUGUUCUCUAAAACUAUCUGAAACGUGAUAGAUUUAGAGAGAACAGAAUUACCUAAAAAAUGGACAGUAAUAAAUUGUUUCUGUGUAAAUGUUUCCAGUCUUUUUUGUAAAGUUAUAUUUAAAAUAGAUGCCAAUAAAUCUUCUUAUUGUAGACUGAUUUUAGAUAAUUAUGUUUUACCUAAGCCUGAAAACUUUAAUUUAUCAAUUUCUAAUAGUUUCAAUAGUGCAUAACCUCGACUUUUGUAAAAGGUACAUUUGUCAUAAGCAGAUAAAAAUAACAAUAUAUUGAAGAUGUCACUUUGAAAAUAAUUUUAAAAUGCCCCGAAGAUAUAAUUUAGACUGUGAUAUAACGUUCAUUUACAUUAGAAUCGGCGUUUUUUAGGAAUUGGGGUAUAAAAUGCUUCGUUGUACCUAUAAUUUCUUUUGUCUCCACAUAUGUGGCCUUAAAGACUACCACAUUGUUACACGCGAUAUAGGGCGCAUUAUAGGCAAUGAAUUACCAAUAAUAACUCUUUUCUUUAUUUAAUACAAAGGUUGAUUUGGAAUUUUCGUUUGAAACGGAAUUCUGACAAGUAUUUAUGUUCAGCUUUUCAAAGAACUCUUCGAAGUGGGGAGUUUUUGAGAGUAGACUUAUUCAUGGAGGAGCCGCUUGGCACAGCCGAUUAAUCACCUGGAGUCAAAAUUUAAUCCACUGAUUUGCUACCAUCGAUAAGAAUACCAUUUAGUUUUAGAUACGUUUCAAACGCGACGAGAGAUGUAAGAUUCUAGUGUGUGAAGAAAAUUAUUUUUUAUCAUGAUGAUGUGUGCGAGAUAAUUUUAAUUUUUAUGAAUUAUUAAUUUCUGAAAUAUUUUCCAAUGUGAUAGUAAUAAGUGAUGGUUGGAGAAUGGUUUAAGAAGAAAGGAACUAUUUAUCGUAAAGAGCAACAUUUUGGAAAUAGUCACCAAGAUUAAAGAUUGCUUUCAUUUCCAAAUGGACAAGUAUGGUGAAGUCAAUUCGUGUUUCUAAGUGAGAUUGUUAGUAAAUUCACUUGAAGACUGCAAUCGGAAUGGCCAUUUGUUUCGACAGUACACGAAAUGUGUGAACACUGGUCAGAUAUUUGUAUGAGGUUCCUGUGUACAUGUACAACUCAAUAAACUUAUUCUCGCGGGUA